UACAUAUAUUUGCUACAUAGAGUACAGCAGAGAAAUUGUUGCGGAAUUGAAGAAAUGGCCGGCGAGGAACUGAUCCUGUUGAACUUCUGGCCGAGCAUGUUCGGAGCCAGAGUGAGAAUUGCACUGGCAGAGAAGGGACUGAGGUAUGAGGAAAAAGCGGAGGAUUUGCCAUACAAGAGUCGGCUGCUCAGGAAGAUGAAUCCAAUCUACAAGAAAGUCCCAGUUCUCAUUCACAAUGGAAAACCAGUGUGUGAGUCUCUGAUUAUAGUUGAAUAUAUUGAUGAGAUGUGGAGUGAUAGAGCCCCACUUCUUCCUUCUGAUCCCUCUGCAAGAGCUCAUGCCAGAUUCUGGGCUGCUUUUAUUGACAAAAAGCUUCACGGGUUGGGCAAUAGGAUAACAUGGCAUGAGAGCAAAGAGGAGGUGGAGGAAUGUAAGAAGGAGCUGAUAAAGAUUUUGAAGGUGCUGGAAGAUGUGUUGGGAGAGAAGCCGUAUUUGGGGGGGGAGGUGUUUGGAUUUUUGGACAUAGCUCUUAUGGGAUACUACCCCAGUUUUCAUACCUAUGAAACUUGUGCUAAUUUCAGAAUAGAGGAUGAAUGCCCUAAGCUGAUGGAAUGGGCUAAGAGGUGCUUGGAGAGGGAGAGUGUGUCCAAUUCUCUUAGUGAUCCCAACAAGCUCUUGCACAUGGUGAUGCGUUCCAGACACCAGUUUGGACUAGAUUAGUGUCACAACUUUGAUUAGAUUAGACAAGAAUAAUGAGGAAGGGGACAUUUCAUUUGGGUCUGUCUGAAUUUUUGUGUUGCUAUCAGAGUUUUUUUUUCUUCUUUAAUAUGUUUGCUACCCACUUUAAUAGGGUUUAACGAGAUUUAUCUUUAUAAUAUUA